AAUAUAAUGCCACUCUAAGUAGGGUUUUAUUUUGGAGUAUUGUGCUGUGAGAGGACUGGACCGGUGUCUUGAACAUUGGAUUAUACUUUGAACCAUGGAGGGUUAUAUUCACCAUGUUUCCAACAAAUUAUCGGAAAUCCGAAGUGCAAAACAACCAGAAACGAAACCAUUACAGUUCGGAGAACUAAAAUUGUGGCCAUUCUGGCGAGCCGUGUUGGCCGAAUUCGUGGGAACCAUGAUGUUUGUAUUCCUCGGAUGCAUGUCCACAAUUCCUCUCCGUACACACACCCCACUGGACCAUGACCCUGUCAAGAUUUCAUUCGCAUUCGGCCUAGCCAUCAUGGCGAUGAUCCAGAUGUUUGGCCACGUGUCUGGAGGCCAUUUCAAUCCUUCUGUGUCUGUUGGUAUGGCUGUGGGAAACAUCAUCACACCAGUUCGGGCUUUGAUGUACACUGUGGCGCAGACCGCAGGUGCGAUCAUUGGAGCAUUUGUAUUAAAGGGCGUAUCACCCGGUUCUGUGCAUAAUAAUCUUGGCCUGACUGAGCUGGACAACGAGAUCACCGCUGGUCAAGGUGUUGGAAUAGAAAUAAUACUUACAUUUGCUCUUGUCUACACAAUUAUCGCCACCACAGAUUCAAAUCGUGCCGACUUCGGUAGUGUGUCGGUCAAGAUAGGCCUUACUGUGGCAACUCUUCAUCUUACAGGGAUUCACUUCACAGGAGCAAGUAUGAAUCCAUCUCGUUCCUUCGGGAUCGCCGUCGCUUCAAAUAAUUUCACAAACCAAUGGGUCUACUGGAUAGGGCCUCUGAUUGGUGGAUCCCUGUCCGCCCUGAUAUACAAAUUCCUCUUCAAUCCUUAUAAGGGAAUGAUGCCAAUGGACAAAGCACUCGAGAAACUAAGUGAAGACGGAGCAAUGAUGUGCAUUCCACGAAACUAUUUCAUGGCCGAUAAACAACGAAACAGCGCCGACCAGGUGGAGAAGUUGUCAAUGAACCUGUGAUGAUAUUUGAUAUUGACAAGGAUCAGUUUUGUUAUUAUAAUUUUUCUACUAGUAGCAUGCAAUGUGGUGAAUACAUAUUAAUAAGGUGACCACUUUUCCUGAAUAUGCUAUUGCAUCGCGGAGGAAUGUAACAAAGGGGCAAUCAGUUAAAGAGUGCCAAACAGCGGUGUACAUUAUUUUGAUUAUCAUAAUAUAAGGAACGGGGUGCCAUCUUUCAAAACAAAAUGAAAUAUACUUACAUGUAUACUGUAAAAUAGCAUUCUUGAAUAAGUUAGGUCCGAUAAAUCAUAACAUAAUUUGUACUGUUGACUUAUUUCAUAUAAAUAAUUUUUUAUC